GGUUAAACAAAGCCUAUAAAAGCGAUUAAAAUGAAAUAUCAUCCAAUAUCUGAACUUCGCUGCUAGAAUAACAAUACAAGUUUGAAAAAAACAUGAUGCGAUUUGUUGUAUUUGCUGCUGUGUUUGCUACGGUCACAGCUGAGGUGAUACUGACAAUUCAUGAUUGCGGGUCCCACGAUGCCAUUAUAAACUCCAUCAAGGUAGACCAGUGCAACGCGGAGCCGUGUAUUGUACAAAAGGGAAAGGACUACACUGUUCACGUGAACUUCACUGCAACUCGAACUGUACAGGAAGCCCACAACGUUCUCCACGGCGGUCUGGGCUUCAUCUCCGCCCCUUUCCCUCUGCAGCCUGAGAACGCCUGCCAAGGUAGCGUCACGUGCCCUAUCGUAGCCGGACAGACGUACGAAUAUGUGCAGACCAUGACAUGUCCGACCUUCGCCCCAAGCAUUGCCGUGCAAGCUCGCUGGGAAGUAAAGGACGAACAUCGGCAGGAUAUUUUCUGCUUCACGACAAAACUCCAAAUACAUUCGUAAAUGCUCAUUUACCAUAUCUGUAAAAUGAAUUUAAUUCAACUUUAUUAAAUACAUGUAUUUAUCUUAUUUGUUUUAACUGCAAAUAAAUUAACCGAUAAUUUC